GCAGACAUGGCGCGUGUUCCGCACGUCGUGGCCGACACGGGCGCGUUCCUGAGCGCAGCUCCGCUGCAGGACAUCGCAGACGCGCUGUACACCGUGCCCGAGGUGCUGGCCGAGAUCCGCGACCGGCCCACACGCCGCCGCCUCGCCGCGCUGCCCUGCGAGCUGCGCGUCCGCCGCCCUCGGCCCGAGCUGCUGCGUCUCGUGACCGAAUUCUCCAAGAAGACCGGGGACUACCCGAGCCUCUCGGCCGCCGACCUGCAGGUGCUCGCCCUCACGUGCCAGCUCCAGGCUGAGAUCGACGGCCCCGGCUGCCUGCGCUGGGAGCCGCAGGACAAGGUGCGGCUCAGCUCCACCCCACGGCACCCCGAGGCUCCCCUGCACCUCGCCGGCUUCCACCUGCCCAAGGUAAGGCACGGGGGAGGACGAGGGGCUGCGGCCGCUCGGAGCCCCCGGGAGGGAUGCACGCCCGUGCUGUGCCCGCAGCACAAACCCGCGGCCAAGGGCCCGCACCAGCCCGGCCCCGGCGACCCGGCCCCCGCGGAGAGCGACGAGUUCGGAUCCUUCCUGUACUGGCGGCCGCCCCUGCCCAGCAUCGAGGAGGAGCUGCGGGAGCUGCUGGCCAUCUCUGAUAGCCCCGAGCCCCUCGAGGAGCACCGGAGCUCUGCAGAUGGGGCUAGUGCUGGUGAAGAGGAGGAGGAUGAGGAGAGUGAUGACGAAGGCUGGAUAACUCCCAGCAACCUGAAGCAGGCCCAGCAGGACACGGGGCACUGUGACACUGCUCCCAUAGGUAUCCAGGUCGGCUGUGUCACGACAGACUUUGCCAUGCAGAACGUGCUGCUGCAGAUGGGGCUGCACGUGCUGGCUGUGAACGGGAUGCUGAUCCGCCGGGCCCGGAGCUACAUCCUGCGCUGCCACGGCUGCUUCAGGACCACCUCGGACAUGACCAAGGUCUUCUGCCCCCACUGCGGUAACAAGACCCUCAAGAAGGUGGCAGUGUCAGUCAGUGAUGAUGGGAGUCUCCACAUGCAUUUCUCCCGCAACCCCAAGGUGCUGAACCCCCGGGGGCUCAGGUACCCGCUGCCGGCGCCGCAGGGCGGGAAGCACGCCAACAACCCCCACCUGGUGGAGGACCAGCGCUUCCCUCAGCAGCGCCUGUCCCGCAAGGCCAGGCAGAAAACCAACGUGUUCGACCCCGAUUACCUGGCCGGGGCCUCUCCCUUUGCCGAGAACGACGUGCACAGCCGGGCCGCACACCUGCACCUGCGCGACGCCGCCCUGGGCGCCGGCCGCCGCCGCCUCAACCCCAACGCCGUCACCAAGAAGUUCGUGAGGAGGAGGUGAGGGGCAGGACAGGCCCCACCUGCAGGACCCACCUGCCCAGGUGUGCUGGUGGCUCUGCCAGAGCAAAGUUUCUCCCAGUACCUGGGCACGGGCCAGGCC